AUGUACCGAACUGGUUUCUUCGUUACUCUCUUCAUGGCGCUAUUCGCAAUAGCAACAGUGUGUAAUGGACGCUCGGUAGAAGAUGAUGAAGAAGUAGAUCAACUUGUGAGCAAACAAUUUCGUCCUCACUUGAGAUCAUUAGAAAGCGUUCCCAAUUUACCAGCAUGGAAACGCGAAGGUGAACCUGAUAAAUCCAAUAUCGUUAAUGCUGCUAUGGAAAUCGUUCAAACUCUCGAGAAAUAUCACGUCACUCUGGAGGAUAUCUAUGCGGCUGCGGAAAAUGAAGUCAAAACCGGAGAAACAAAACGUCGAGGUUUGGGUAGUAGCUUUUGGCUUAACCAAUUGAUUUGGUCACUUGGGAAAAAGUAA